AUGCCGUUGGACGGAGGGUGGCCGGUGGUGCUGCCCCACCUUACAGUCGAGCUGACGACUGGGUGCCCAUUAACACCCCCAUCUUGCAGAGGGGGAGAUGGUUGCACAGGGAGUAAGCCAACACCCACAGUGGGGGUGGCUGAGAUUGGAACCCCCAGGUCUGGUUCCAGGCCUCCCUGUUCUGGGGCCGGGAACUGUGGGCCCAGAGCACCGAGAAGACCCUUACGUGCUCAGACCCUGCCCCACACGGCACGGCGGGCCGGGGUGGGGGUAGAGCUGCCCCAGGGCCAAAGGCCCAAAGGCGUCUUGUUCAGAGCCUGGGACAGAGCGAGGCCAAGCUCUCUCCUUGACCUCAGUUGUCCUGCAGGGGGUGAGCAUCGCGUGAACCCCUCCUCACCCAGUGUGUCCUCUCUGCCCGCAGAUGCUGCUGCCGGGUGGGAUCUGAGCUUCGACCAAGCCGUGGUCUUCAUUGAGGACGCGAUCCAGUACCGCUCCAUUAACCACCGCAUGGACGCCCGGUCGAUGUGGCUUUACCGGUGGUACUACUCGGACACGUGCCAGUGGAUUUUGAGCUUCGUCAUUUUCUUGAUCCUGGUUUUGGCUUUUAUUGAGACCCCUUCCUCGCUCACCAGCACCUCGGACGUCCGCUACCGCUCGCCCCCCUGGGACCCGCCCUGCGGCCUGACAGAGAGCAUCGAGGGGCUCUGCCUGCUGGUCUUCGUGGCCGACCUCUCGGUCAAGAGCUACCUGGUGGGAUGGGCCCAGUUCCAGAAGAGCCUCUGGCUGCUGGACUACCUCGUGGUGCUGGCCGUGUCCCUCGUGGAUUGGACGGUGUCGCUGAGUCUCGUCUGUCGGGAGCCCCUGCGCCUGCGGCGGCUCCUGCGGCCCUUCUUCCUGCUGCAGAACUCGUCCAUGAUGAAGAAGACGCUGAAAUGCAUCAGGUGGUCGCUGUGGGAAAUGGCCAGCGUCCUGCUGCUCCUGGUGCUCCACCUGUGUGUCUUCACCGUGUUCGGGGUGCUGCUCUUCACCGGGGAGAAGCAGGGCGACGGGCAGGACAAGGAGAGGCUGACCUACUUCCGCAGCCUGCCGGAGGCUCUGACGUCCCUGCUGGUGCUGCUGACCACCGCCAACAACCCCGACGUGAUGAUUCCUGCGUACUCCAAGAACCGGGCCUACGCCAUCUUCUUCAUAGUCUUCACCCUGAUAGGGAGCUUGUUUUUGAUGAACCUGCUGACAGCCAUCAUCUACAAUCAGUUCCGGGGCUACCUGGUGAAGUCUCUCCAGGCCUCACUGUUCCGGAAGCGGCUGGGGACUCGGGCUGCCUACGAAGUCCUCUGCACGCCGGCAGAGGGGGAGGCCCACCCUCGAGGAGUCGGGGUGAAGCCCCAGGACCUCGUGCAGGUACUUCAGAAAGUCCAGAUGGAUGGCACCCACAGAAAGGCCAUCGUGGAGAAGGUGCGUUCCUACGGCACUGGCCUGCUGUCAGCGGACGAGUUCCAGAACCUCUUCAACGAGCUAGACAGAAGAGUGACUAAAGAGCACCCGCCGCGGCCCGAGUACCGGUCUCCGUUCCUGCAGAGCGCCCAGUUCCUCUUCGGCCACCGCUGCUUCGACUACCUGGGGAACGCCGUCGUCCUUGCGAACCUCGUGUCCAUCUGCGUCUUCCUGGUGCGGGACGCAGACGUGCCGCCCCGUAACCGUGACGACUUCGUCCUCGGGAUUCUCAACUGCGUCUUCAUCCUGUACUACCUGGUGGAGAUGCUGCUCAAGGUGUUCGCGCUGGGCCUGCUGGGGUACCUGUCCUACCCUAGCAACGUAUUCGACGGGCUGCUCACCAUCAUCCUGCUGGUUUUGGAGCUCUCGACUCUGGCCACGUACCGGUUCCCACACCCAGGCUGGAAGCCGGCGGUGCACGGCCUGCUGUCGCUGUGGGACAUGGUCCGCCUGGCGAACAUGCUCAUCGCGUUCCGGUUCCUGCGCAUCGUCCCGGGCAUGAAGGUGCGUGCGCCGCCCGCCCGCGCCCCACCCCACAUGCUCCCGCGUCUGGGGCAGGGCGAGCCUGGGCAGGGAGGGGUCCAGACCCCAGCCCUGCAGGCAUCGGGGUGCCUCUGGGGGGCAUCAGAAGCCAGCUGUCCGACCCCCAGCCUAGCCCCUGACAACGGCUCAGCGCCCUGUGGGAGCUACGAGCAGCUGGAGUACUGGGCCAACAACUUCGAUGACUUUGCGGCCGCCCUGGUCACGCUGUGGAACGUGAUGGUGGUGAACAACUGGCAGGUGUUCCUGGAUGCCUACCGGCGCUACGCAGGCCCGUGGUCGAAGCUCUAUUUUGUGUUGUGGUGGCUGGUGUCGUCUGUCGUCUGGGUCAACCUGUUUCUGGCUCUGAUUCUGGAGAACUUCCUUCACAAGUGGGACCGCCGCAGUCAUCUGCAGUCCCUCCCCAGGGACCCGGACCCCGCCUAUGAGAUGACUGCUCUGGAGCUUUUGUUCAGGCAUGUCCUAGAGGAGCCGACGGAGGAGGAGCUGAUGGAGAAGCUGCAGCGUCACCCACACUUGCAGCUGUGCAGGUGACAUCCGGUGCGCCUUCCUGGCUGGGGCAGCAGGGAGGCAACGUGGCCUGGGGACCAGUCGCAGGAUGCCAGUCGUGGCCCGGAGGGAGAGACUUCCCUGCACAGACCCAGUCCGCCUCCCUGAGGCUGGGACAGAGCCAGGGCCCCGUGGGCUGCUGCCCGUGCUGCUGGGACCGCCACCACCAGCCUCCCUGCAGCGUCUUGAGACGGCCACCGGCGCUUCUGGUAGUGUCCGCGCCACGUCACGCCAUGUCAUGCCAUGUCAUGCUGCAUCAUGCCACGUCACGCCGUGUCACCCCACUUGUGUGAACAGCUUUUCCUUUUCUAAGCACAGAAAGAGGGUGACUGCGCAGGGACCUUUAGGGACGCUCUGCAGAGUGAGCGGUGGCGGUGCCUUCGCUGCUGGUGGCCGGGACCAGACCCCCACGGGGCCUGACGGGCGGCUGGCGGCUCCCUGGGGCGUUCCGUUUGGGAUCCCGGGGGUUUUACACGAAGUGAAUCUUGACUAUUUUAUUAUCGUAUGGCAUGUGGCCGGCCUGAAUAUGACUGGGUGUGU